AUGUUCAGCUUUGAAGAAGCAAUUAGAUCAGUUAAUUUUGCCUAUAAUAAAACAUCAUUACCGAUAAAUAUUCAAAAUUUAUUCCAAGAUGAAAAAUUAAUAAAUUUAACCUCAAAUAGCCAACCGUUCUGGAUAAUGGUUAAAGCACUUAAAGAUUUUGUGGAUAAUGAAGGAUGUGGUAGGCUUCCAGUUCGCGGAACACUGCCUGAUAUGACAGCUGACACUUUUAAAUAUAUCAGUUUACAACAAUUAUAUCACGAGCAAGCUGCCAAAGAUACAGAAGCAGUUUAUAACCGUGUCCAACUGCUUCUUCAGAAUUUAAAUCUACCUGAUGAUACUAUUACAGAACAAGAUAUCAAAGUAUUGUGUAAACAUGCGUCAGAAUUAUCUGUAAUUAGGGGUUCCCGGAUUGCAGAUGAGUAUGAGCAUAAAGGAAAUGCUGACAAUGAGAUAUCUCAAAGUUUAGAAGAUCCGGACAGUUUAAUUGAACAUUAUAUUAUACUACGUGGUAUAGAAAGAUUUUAUUCUGAAUAUUAUACAUAUCCUGGUGAAAUUGAUGAACAAGUAGAACCUGAUAUUCCUAAGUUAAAGUCUUGUAUAUCAAAAUUGUUAAAUGAAUGGGGUUGUAUGUCUUCAACAAAAGAAGAUUGCAUACAUGAAUACUGCCGCUAUGGCAAGUCUGAAUUACAUAGUGUAUCAUCAUUCAUUGGUGGUUGUGUAUCGCACGAGAUAAUAAAGCUGAUUACACGUCAAUAUAAACCAGUAAAUAAUUCAUUUGUAUUUAAUGCUAUUAAUUGUAGUACAGAAUCAUUUAAACUAUAGUAAUAGUGUUAAAUAAUAAUAUAAGAAACACAUAUUUUUCUCUCUUCUUAAA